CAAUUUUUAUAUUAAUAAAAUUCUCUCUCUCUUAUAAUUCAAGCAAAUAGGGUUAAGAACCAAAAGAAUAUCAAAGAGUGAAUAGCCAAAGAGAAAGAUGGGGAGAGCUCCUUGCUGUGACAAAGCAAAUGUGAAGAAAGGGCCAUGGUCUCCUGAAGAAGAUGCUAAGCUCAAAUCAUACAUACAACAACAUGGCACUGGUGGCAAUUGGAUUGCUUUGCCUCCAAAAAUUGGAUUGAAGCGUUGUGGGAAGAGUUGCCGUCUAAGGUGGUUGAACUAUCUUCGCCCUAAUCUCAAGCAUGGUGAUUUCUCUGAAGAAGAAGACAACAUUAUUUGUAGCCUCUAUGUUAGUAUUGGAAGCAGGUGGUCAGUUAUUGCUGCUCAAUUGCCAGGAAGAACUGAUAAUGACAUAAAGAACUAUUGGAACACAAGGCUCAAAAAGAAGCUUCUUGGGAAUAACAAGAACCGCCGCAACAAAGAACAGCAACACUUACAAGCAUGUAGCAAUAAUGGAAUCAACAAGCAACAAGAAACAUCAUCAAUUAAUGGAGGGAGUGUUAUUAUUGGUGAUGAUUCCUUCUCUUCCUUAUUGGUUCAUGAAAAUAGUAGUACUACUCAUCAACAACAACAACAACAAUGUUAUUGGCCACACUUCAUGCCAGUGUUGCCAAUACCAAAUUUGCCAUAUAGCACAACAAAUAAUAACCAACAAUUCUACUUAGGAUCUUCUUUCAAUGACCAAGAUUCCAUCAAGAAACUACUUAUCAAGCUUGGAGGGAGAUUCCAUAAUGAUGUUGAUUAUGAUAAUUACCAUCCUACCCUUGGUGAUGGAUUAUUGAAUCAUCUUCAUCAAUCACAAGGUACUACUACUACUACUUAUUAUUCUAAUAAUUCAACACAACAACAAGUAGUUUAUCAUCAAGAACAAAUACAAUUUGAUGAUGGUAAUAAUGGACUUCAUCAUGAUGAAAUGGUGCAAAGAAAAGGAAACCUCAACAAUGAAAUUGAAGAAGAAAUGGUGGGUAAUACUAAUUUUAUUCCACAAAGAUUAUUAAAUAAUGGGUUGGAGUUCUUACAUGGAGACAUGGUUUUCAGUGAGGAUAAGAUUAUAAUAGGCUCUAGUACUACUAGGCCUAAUUGGGGUGAGAAUAGUAGUGGCAAUUCAGUAAUUGACCACCCUCUUAUUUCUUCUUCAAAUUACCAAGAAGAUGAAGGUGUAAGGGCAUCAGAAGAAUGUGGUUUGCAAGAGUAUAGCACUAUAGCCACCAUGAGGAGCAAUAGUAGCAAUAGCAUGCUUCAUGUACAAUAA